GCCAGUAGUCGUUGCCUCUUGCAUAUGAUACCUUCGAUGUGUCGGAGAUGAGGAGACGAAAGUACGGAGCAGGCAGGAUCUAUGACAGGAUAUAAAGAAAGCAUGGAGACAGGGCUCGUCGUGCAUAGACUUCUGAUCUUGUGGAAUUUUCAACUUCACACAGAAGCGCAGCAUCAUCGCUGACUGGCACCCUCGACUGCUUCCAUCCAUCAUGACAACCACUCUGGAUUUGAGCAAGCUGCCAGCUGCAGAUCCUCCUCCCGGAGUGACCGCCAACUUCGAGAACCCGGAGAAUCUCAACUAUGAGAUCUAUUCCAUCAACAUCGCUCUCUGCCUGACGGGUACCGUGGUCCUGCUGCUGCGUCUGUAUACUCGAGCUUUUCUCCAGAAGACUAUCGCGGCCGACGACUGGUUCUGCAUCUGGGCUCAGAUUUGUGCGUGGAUCUUCGCGAUUCUGGGCAUUAUAAAUAUCGAGAAUGGGUACGGACAUCAUAUCUGGGAUCUGCAUCUCGACAAGAUCAAGCCCUUCAAACAGAAUGAUCUGGCGGGCGAAGACGUCUUCGUGGUCGGCAUCUGGCUGGUCAAGACAUCGAUUCUGCUUUUCUUCCUACGCCUCAGUCCGGAGAAGCGCUUCCGACAGAUGACGUACGGAAUCAUGAUCUUCGUGGCCGUCUACAACAUGGUCAGCCUGCUGGUCUUCACUCUGGGCUGCAUUCCCGUCCAGGCCAUGUGGGAUGUCGCUCUGAUGCCGACCGCUCGCUGCGUGAACCAGUUGGCCUUCGUGUAUGCCAAUGCUGCCUUUAACCUGUUCUCGGACAUCAUCACCCUGGCGCUGCCCAUCCGGCUCUGCUGGCAGCUUCAGACCACCCUCAAGCAGAAGGUGCUUCUCAUGAUGGUCCUCAUGAUGGGUUCUUUCGCCUGUGUGAUUGCGAUCGUCCGGAUCGUGACCAUGAUGCCCUUUAUCCACGACGGCGACCUCACCUGGUAUAAGGUGACCUUGGCCAAAUGGGCGAUGGUGGAAAUCAACGUCGGCAUCAUUUCCGCCUGUCUGCCCGUGCUCCGGCCACUGCUUCUGCAGCUUGCGCCGCACAUCUUCGGCAGCAAUAUUGGCAGCGCGGCCAAGCCUCGCGGCCAGGGUAGCGACGGCAGCGACCCGGUGGGGGCGCGCAAGAAGGUCAUCCGCAACUGGGACUAUCUCUCGACGCUACGCAGCGCCGCCGUGCCGGAGACGCAGGACGACGUGGAGGCGAUGCAUGAGAUGGUCAAGCACGACGCGAACGAGCAUGAGUCGGGCAUCGUCAUGUCCACGGACUAUACGGUCGUCAGCAAGCGGGAGUCUACCUGAUCUAUCAGUGUAUGGUCCUGGGGUCAGAGUCUGUGUCGGGGAAGGGCCCCCACAGUAUUCUGGCAUCUGCUGGCAUUGGGGGUUGCCAGCAAAACCACAGCCAAUUUCUCUUUCGUUGAUUCCUGGGGAUGGGUUUUCUUUAAGAUUCUAGUUUUUAAUUCUUUUAUUUCUUUUCCUACACUCCGCACUAUGAGUUUCAUCGGUCGGAGGGACAUUAUUCUAACCCUGUUCAUCCUGUAUUUAGU